CGCGUCACUUAUUCCUUAUCUGGAUGUAAAUUUGGUUUUAAUUAAACAUUGCGGACUGGAAGAUAUUUUCACCUAACUUAAAAGCCAGGGCCGCGGCCAGAAAAAAAUUAUGACUGAGGUAGCGUCCAUGGUUCAAUUCUUUCCCAGGUAUUUAGCAGUGCUUCACUUUCCCCUUCAAAAAAGGAACAACAGAAACGAAAAAAAGCAACUGCCUCCGUUUGCCUCAUACUGGCAUCGGCCCUGAAAGCAUUGUACAAAUAGUAUUCUGGAAGGACCAUGAAGGUCAAGGGCUGUUUCAUAUUGUCAAUCAAACAGAGAGGGUAUCUUCAGCUUGCAUGUUCGCCAUUAAUUUAUGCUGAGUAUCUGAAAGGCUGUUGUUUUCAGUUUCCGUGGCCCAUUUCUACCACCGCAUAAGUGCAUGACUCCGUGGUCGCUGGUGAAUAUAGUAUUUGUAUAACGGUUUAUAAGAAUUCCCAGUCGUUUUCCCGGUGCACAUAAACAGAAACCCCGUCACGUCAGGAGCCUUGCCUUUUUGAUGUAAUUGGACCAUGUCAUGACCAGCUUUUGAUUUGGCUCCGAUAGGAGGCCGGUGAAAAUAAUUGUUGUUAAUGCGAUAGCAAAUGCAGCCGUGCAUCUGGAUGCUCGCUGGUCGCCGCACGGUCACACCGAGAAACGAACGCUGAACAACGACCUUAGCAGUCACAGAGUCAACCUAUCAAGUUCCGCUUGGGAGCAGAAGUGAAACGGCGCACGCCAUCUUGGUUUAACUGCCUUGACUUGGGCGCGGCGCUCCAUUUUGCUCGCUCUCGACUCGUUGCUGAUUAUUCCAGCUUGAGCUUCGUUAUGGGGAAAAAACAGAGUAAGAAGCUAGAUCCCGAAGUCUUAGGCGACCUUCUAAAGCACACGAACUUCGAAGAGAAAGAACUCAAGUCGUGGUAUAAAGGUUUCCUUAAGGAUUGCCCAAGCGGAUAUCUAACAAAGCAACAAUUUAUAGAGAUGUACAAGAAAGUUUUCGACAAAGGGGAUGCUUCGAGGCUCGCCGCUUGCGUUUUUCGACGGUUUGAUGUCAAUGGAGAUGGAAAAAUAGACUUUCGUGAAUUCAUGUGCUCCCUCUCUGUGUCGACUCGAGGUACAAUGGAGCAAAAACUCCGCUGGGCGUUCAGCAUUUACGACGUCAAUGGCGACGGAUUUAUCACAAAGCAAGAAAUGUUUCGAAUAGUGGACGCGUUAUACAAGACAAUGGGCGACAAUCCGGAAGAAACCGAAGGCAUUCCGAACUGGGACGAACUCACACCCGAAGAACGCACGCUGAAGGUUUUCCAUACCUUCGAUUCCAAUAAAGACGGUGUUUUAUCGUUGUCGGAAUUCAUCGAAGGAGCGAUGAAGGACAAAACUCUUGCGCUUAUUCUAGAGCAAGGGGCGGAGAAGACAUGAGAGGACUGUGUAGGCUUUCUGUUGGAAAGACGAGCGGCCGGUUGAGGAGGAUACGUAGGUCAGGUCAUUUUAAAUUAGUUAAGUGACAUUGAAUUUUAAUAUGGAUAGCUUGAAAUACGUGUUUAUUGUAUUAGGCACCCAAUUUCUUUAUCGAAAUGGACAAUUUGAUGCGAAGGAAUCCCUCUUCCAUUUUAAAAAUAGUCCAUGGUAUAGGUCACUAACUAGUUUUCUAUAAUUAUAAAUCACUUAGGCUCGGACCAUUGUGGUAGUAUCUGCUGUAAAAAGACUUUUACGGUGCGGCGAUAUAAGCGUUUCUUUUGUCAUUGGCGCCAUAAGCACCAAUUUUGACUUAGUUUUUCCAAGCCGAUCAAUGGCGAUUGCGACGAACAUUUUUGACUGAUAUAAGCUUGUGUUAACUUCUAAUCUGAGAAGGUUAGUAUUGAGUAUCUCCCGCACAGAGUAGGUCUAAAUGCGACGAACAUUUUUGUCCUUCAUUUAUGCCCUUGACUAAUCCCCCAACUACAGCUUUAUGAAAAUUUGCAGCUUCCAUUAGCAAGACAAGGAUAAGUUUGUGUUUAACUAUUGAUUUUAGAAAGUUAGUAUUGAGUAUUUCACGCGCGGAGUAGAUUUAAAGCUGGCUUGUUAAUUGCCGGACAUAAAGAAAGCAUUGCAGUUUAUUGCUCUCUUCUCUCCCAAGCGCCCUUGAAUAGGACGCUGGCCAAAAUAGCAGUUGAUAAAAAAGAAAGAUCUGAAAAGGCAUCGAGUACUGUCGUGGUGUUCAAGUCCACGCAAGGCAGAUUAUUGAUUCCUGCUCAAAUUACCAAGGCCCCGUUCACACUACGCCAGGGGAGUUUGAAAUCGCAGCGUCAUUUCUACGGUCAGGCGUACCUUCCUAACCGUAAUCCGUCACAAAAACGGAGCUCUUCAAAUCGGAGGAAUUUGAAAACGCCAGCUUUGCGUUUGAGUGUGGACGGAAAACAUUUUGAAAACGGAGCUUUUCCAAAACGAUGACGUCACGAUAAUAAAGUGAUUUCCCCGCCUGAGUUUUCGGCAACCACGAAUCCAAAAUGAACGGUGAUUGCUGCGUUUUCAAAUUUCUCCGGCGUAGUGUGGAUGGAAAACAUUUGAUGCGUUUUCAAAGUGAAAUCU